AUGCUAGAGUCGGGCUCCAACCAUGACCGAAGAGGAGUUGUCUAUCAUAAGCUCAAGUCGCCAGCCUGCAGUGAAGGCGAAAAGAGACAAGUUAGAAGAAUUAGCUCGAAACUGACGAGCGCUGGUUAUCCAAAACGCACCGUCACGCAACUAGAUCAACGAAUGCGCGAUACAAUGAAAAGAGCCAAUAAGGUGAUUGCACAGGAGAAGCUCGAACACAAUAAAACGGGAGGCGGAGUCCCCAUCAAACUGAAAGUUGCUCCACAAAACCACCAACCUUCCUCGUCGAAACGACCUGCUCAGACGGAUGACGAAAUUAACCAGCCUGCCCCUCUAUUGAACAAACCUUCAUCAUCAAAGCCACCUCCUCAAUGGGACAACGAGUCGCAAUUAAGCUUGACUGACACGGAAAACGAAGUGUACCCCGCCAACAAAAACACGCUCGAGAAAACCGAGAGAAACGGAGGAAAAAAAGUAAAAACUGAGCCAAUCUGCGAGCAUCCAAAUUUUGACGAUUAUGAACAUUACGAGCCAAUGCCGGUAGAACUGCAUAACGAUGCUGAGAAAGAGAAUAGACCACGUGAAAAAAAGAAAUCAGAAAGAGCCAGCGAUUUUGAAUCGGAACGCAUUCACUUGAGAAUCAGGAACGAACAGCUGACCGGCGACCUCUUGUAUCUACAAAUUGAGAGCGCAAAGCUCCAAAAUGAGAAUUUGCGUCUUAAGAAUGAGAAGCUGAAGCUGGAAAUAAGCAACGAGCAGAAGGGAGGCGACUAUCUGGAUCAAGGUGUCAUCAUAAGCACUUAA